AUGGUUGUCAAUGACGUGAAUGUGCGGUGGGACCAAGACGACUGCAACCCGUGUGAGAUUCCAACUCAAUCGCCAACACUUGCCCCGCUCUACCCUCGUGAGGACGAUAACUACGAGGAUCACAUUCCGAUAGUGAAUGACGAAUAUGAUUCUUGGGACGAGCUCAAAGAAAAUCUUCCGUCGUACACCGACGAACCAACAGCCGCACCGACACAAGGCCCAUAUACAACUCGACCUCCAAAGGAUACUGCAGCUCCGGAAGACACCACUGCACCUCCAAACGAUACGUUAGCCCCGGGAGAUACAGAUACGCCCCCAAAGGAUACUACAGCUCCACUAAAGGAUACUACAGCCCCUGAAAACCCGACAACGCCUCCAGAGGAUACCACUGCACCACCAGCGGAUUCUGAAGCCCCGACAGACAUGACACCAUCUCCAAAGCCCCCGGCAGACACGACAGCGCCACCACAUGAUAGUACUCCUAAGCCGUCCGAGCCUACGCCAGCUCCGACUAAGGAAGAAGAGCCGACUCCUGCUCCGACAAGGCCCAGCGAUGAGUAUCCGAUAUGUCCGAUAGGACAGCAAAGCAUCGGUGUGGCCGGCUGGGACCACGACGGAUGUGUCAUCUCGGGCAACGUCUGUGUUGCCAACACGAUUGGCGACUGCCCGCAUGGUGCUCAUUGCGCUUGGCUUGACACGGGAGUAUACGGAUGCAAAGACGGUGAAGGAUGUUCCAGCAACAGCCACACUAUCGGCGUAGUCGGCUGGGACCAAGACAGGUGCAUCGCCUCGGAUAAUGUCUGUGUCGACCAGGUGAGCGACGGCGACUGUCCCGGUGGGGCCUAUUGUGCGCUGCUUGACACGGGUGUAUAUGGCUGCGUGGCAAGCGCCACACCAGCCCCAACACGCCCCUACGAUGGGGUGCCAACCGAUACUACCGUGACGUGCCCCGGCGGGCAGCAGAGCAUCGGUGUAACUGGUUGGGACCACGACGGAUGUGUCAACUCCGGGAAUGUCUGCGUUGCCAAUUCGUUUGGUAACUGUCCGAAUGGUGCGCACUGCGCCUGGCUUAACACUGGCACGUUUGGAUGCAUGGACGGCGAAGGAUGUUCGAGCAAUGAGCUUACCAUCGGCGUAGUUGGCUGGGACCACGAUGGGUGUAUAGUAUCGAAUCACGUCUGUGUCGACCAGGUGAGUGACGGCGAUUGCCCCGGUGAUGCCUACUGCGCAUUGCUUCAUUAUGGCGUUUACGGCUGCGUUGCCAGCUCGACUCCGGCACCCACGGCCCCUUACGAUACGGAUACGGCCGUGACAUGCCCCGAUGGACAACAGAUCAUCGGUGUAGCUGGCUGGGACCACGACGUAUGCAUUACCUCGAAUCAUGUGUGUGUGGGCCAGGUGAGCGAUGGCGACUGCCCCAGUGGUACCAACUGCGCGCUGCUUGGUAAUGGAGCCUAUGGCUGCGUUGACAGCUCGACUCCAGCCCCAUCACGACCUUAUGACGAAGAUACAACCGUGAUAUGCCCCGGUGGCCAACAGAGCAUUGGUGUAUCUGGCUGGGACCGCGACGGAUGCGUCAAACCCGGUAACGUCUGCAUUGCCAAGACGUUUGGCGAUUGCCCAACUGGUGCUCAUUGCGCUUGGCUCAACACGAAUGUGUACGGAUGCGAGGAUGGCGAAAGAUGUUCUAGUAACGAAAGUACUAUUCGCGUUGUUGGUUGGGACCACGACGUAUGCAUCGCUUCGGAUCACGUGUGCGCAGGCCAGGUGAGCGACGGUAAUUGCCCUGGUGGUGCCUACUGCGCAUUGCUUCAUUAUGGCGUUUACGGCUGCGUUACCAGCCCGACUCCAGCACCUACGGCCCCUUACGAUACAGAUACGGCCGUGACAUGCCCCGAUGGACAACAGAUCAUCGGUGUAGCUGGUUGGGACCACGACGUAUGCAUUACCUCGGAUCACGUGUGCGCAGGCCAGGUCAGCGACGGUGAUUGCCCCAAUGGUGCAAACUGCGCUUUGCUUGACAAUGGUGCCUACGGCUGCCGUGACAGCUCGACUCCAGCCCCAACACGCCCUUAUGAUGGGGUACCAGCAGCAGGUACAACCGUGACAUGCCCUGGUGGGCAACAGAGCAUCGGUGUAGCUGGUUGGGACCGCGACGGAUGCGUCAACUCGGGCAACAUCUGCAGUGCCAGCAAGUACGGUGGCUGUCCGAAUGGUGCUCACUGUACUUGGUUUGACACUGGUGUAUACGGAUGCAAGGAUGGCGAAGGAUGUUCUACGAACGAACAUACUAUCAGCGUUGUCGGAUGGAACCACGACGUCUGCAUCGUCUCGAAUCACGUGUGUGUAGAACGCGUGAGCGACGGCGACUGCCCCAGGGGCGUCUAUGGCUGCGUGGCACACUCGAAGAAAGCAGCAAAUGGAGUCACCAAAGGGUCCAAAACCACGGGGAAAACGUCAGGAACGACUACUGCGGGGACAUCGACAUCCGGAAAGACGGAAAUUACUACGACGGGAGGCACGUCGUCAACGACAACAACGACAACAGGAGGAACAACGACACCCUCCGCAGGGGCAAUCGCGGGAAUCGUCAUCGCGUGUGCAGUGUUCGUGGCUGUUGUCGUCGGUGCUGUGCUAUUCAGACAGAAAGCGCUCGCUCGCCAGCACGAAGAGAAUCUGUUUGCCGACCUCAGCGAUACUGGUGGAGGGGAUUACACGGCGAUAAAUUCAAAACGUGCACCGAGGUGCAUGCAGCCAACAGACCACCCCGCUCGAUCCUUCCCGAACGGCAGAGGAUUUUAA